AUGGGUGGCUAUCCCGAGCCUUCCUUCUUCACAAGUUUCUUAUUUAAGUGGUACAAAAAUCCCAGUACUCGCCGCAUCGUCCGACCCAAGAUCGCCAUGUCGGCUCCGAACAUACACAUCCUUUCCUUUGCCAUCUUCGCCAGCCUCCUCCUCUCGACUCGCUGCAGCAUCGAUCGGCCCCAACACGACGUCGCUCUGUUCAUCUUCGGCGACUCCCUCAACGACGCCGGGACCAACAACUACAUAAACACCACCGCGUCUUUCAGGGCAAACUUCCCUCCGUACGGCGAGACUUUCUUCCACUAUCCCACCGGCAGAUUCACCGACGGUCGUCUUAUUGCCGACUUUAUCGCUGAAUAUGCGAAGCUGCCGCUGAUCCCACCAUAUCUCCAGCUGAAGAAGGGCGAGUUUGUGGGAGGGGCGAAUUUCGCAUCCGGUGGAGCUGGCGUUUUGCCCGAUACAUACCAGGGGCUUGUGGUGGAUCUAAAGACGCAGCUGAAGCAGUUCGAGAAGCUGGUGAAGGAUCUGAGGAAGACGAUGGGGGAUGAGAGGGCGGAGAGAAUAGUUUCGGAGGGAGUUUACAUGGUGAACAUCGGAGGCAACGAUUACUUGUCCCCGGUUCUGAACAACCCAGCUCUGUUUCAGUCCAUUUCCAUGGCGGAUUACGUGGGGAUGGUGGUCGGCAACAUCAGCUCUGUUCUCGAGGGAAUCCAUAAAGUUGGAGCAAGAAAAUUUGGAUUUUUCGCGAUGCCGCCUCUUGGAUGCGUCCCAUACGUCCGAUUGGUCACCGGAAACGGUUCUUGUUCAAGACCAGCCACCAAGUUAGCGAAGCUUCACAAUGUGGCUUUUCCCGCUACUCUGGCCAAGCUAGAGACUCAAUUACGAGGAUUCAAGUACUCUUUCUUCGACUUGUACACUUGUCUUGCUAAAAGAAUCCAAAACCCAUCAAAAUAUGGUUUCAAGGAUGGGAAAUCGGCGUGCUGUGGCUCGGGUCCGUAUGGUGGGAACUAUAGCUGUGGAGGCAUGAGAGGGGUGAGAGAGUAUUCGUUGUGCCCUAAUCCCGGGGAGCACGUGUUCUUCGAUUCCUACCAUCCGAGCGAGAGGGCUUAUCGACAAUUUGCACAAUUGAUGUGGAAUGGAAGUCUGCGCACAACCAAGCCUUAUAACCUGGAAGCAUUGUUCAAACAUGGGAACAGCUGAUCUCUUGUCCUUUUCAAAGGGUUGGGCAAACGAUGGGAAUUAAGCUUCAUCUCAUGAAUAAGUGGGGCAUAUUAUCACCGUUUAAAUUGGGAUUGCAUUACUGUUGUAAUAAUGCGAAUGAAGGGAAUCAAACUCCAUCUAGUGA